UGGAGGGUGAGCGAGGAGGUCGGCGGUCGGCUCAGCUUCCCGCAGCAUGAACCCUAUCCAGAGUUUCCACUCUAAGCUGCGGGGUCUGGCCGCCGCGCUGGACGGCGAGACGGCCCGGCUGACGCGGGCGCUGGACGGCGAGGACAGCGAAGACUUUGAGGAUUCUCCAAUGAGAGUUUUAUAUGACCUUCUCUCAGAAGUUCAGACUCUAAAGGAUGAUGUCACCACUCAUCUCAAUAAAGCGAGAUUGGAAAGUCAAGAGAGCACAAGAUUCAUAAAGGCAACAAAAGUACUGAUGAAAAAAAAUUCAACAGACAUCAUGAAACUAAGAGAGUUUUUCCAGAAGUAUGGCUAUCAGACACGUGACAAGGAAGAUUCAGUGUGUGAGCUCACGGUCAGUGACCCGACCUCGGAGCUGGGUGUGUGUGAAGACAUUCAGAAACCUGGAGUGGAGGGUGAGCAGUCAGAGCCGUGUGUUCCCAGCAGUUCUGUUGCUGAAAAGCCCCUACUGUGCAGCCCGCAGCUUUCAGAUUUUGGACUUGAGCGGUACAUGGUCUCCCAAGUCCCACCAAAUCCUCCGCAGACUGUUGAGAGCCCUAAAGAAGAAUGCCUGUCUGAAACCCCUCCUGCCAAAGACUCUUGCAUCACAGUGCUAAAGACUCCCAGGUGUGCUCUAAAGAUGGAUGAUUUUGAGUGUGUAACUCCUAAAUUAGAAAACUUUGGUAUAUCUGAAUACACUAUGUGUUUAAAUGAAGAUUAUACAGUGGGACUUAAAAAUAUGAAGAACAUUAAAAGUUCCCCUCUGAGCACUGCCAGUAGAGAGGCCAUGGGGACAGGGCCUGUGACCACUGAGAGUUCUUUUGCCAUUCCUCGUUCUAUAAGCCAGCAGCUGGGAAAGACUGAUGCUGAAUAUACAGAUUCACCGUUGCCACCUAAAUUCUGUACUCCUGGUUUGAAAAUCCCUUCUACAGUGGGCAAUAGAGCUUCGGUAUAUAGAAAUUAUCCAUUAUCAAAACUAAAUAGUUCAUCAAGUGAUCUGGAAGUUGAAGAUUGUGCUCCGUUAAUUUUAAAUUCAGAUGAAUGCUAUGAGAAUUUUGAAGACCCCCCUUCUCCUACAAUUACUUCUUGUGAAAAUGUCAGAACACCUACUCCUCCGGAAGUCACUGCAAUUCCAGAGGACAUUCUCCAGAUGUUAAAGCACAACUCAAACCUAGCUACUCCACUGGAGGUUAAAGCGAAGUCACCCAGGAAAGGCUUCCUUAAGUAUGAGGGGCAGAGCGUCCGGGGUGCUGCCAACAAGGAAAACUGGUGACAGUGAGAAUUCUAGUGUGGAUACUUCCAAUACAGAAGCUGGACAGAAAUACAGAAAUGGGGAAGCAAGCUGGACUCAAGUUCUUCUCAAAUUCUUCUAUUAGAAAUUUUAGCACAGACCUGUGGAGGAGGAAGGAGGGCUCACUGCUGUCAGUCUUUUUUCUUUUCUUUCAGUUUUUCACUGUUUUUAUUCUUACACGAUUGUUUCUGUCCCACCACACUGUGUUGGCCUCUCCACCCAGCAGAUCUGAACUUCAUUCUGUCUGGAAGAUUCUGAAACCAG